CGAGGCUGUUAUUGAGCUGUGUUGAUGCGUGCUGUGUGAUGAGCAGAGCCGGCUGGAUCGUCGCAGAACCGUAUCGAAAGAAAGGAGUCAGCGAUGUCUACGACGGUCGCUGUCAACGUUGUCCACUGUUCCUGUGACCAGGUGUACCACACUGCACUACAGGAACCGAAGAAAUGCUCCAGAGUGCGAGCUAAGCUGUGAUUGGCUGUAAGGGUGCCUACGUUUCUCAGGACAAGUGAGAAGUAGCAGAGUUGCACACAGCCAGUACCAUGGGGACCUUCGCAGGACACGCCCUGCCCGGCACUUUCCUCUUCAUCCUGGGAACGUGGUGGGCCUAUGGCGCCUGGCGCAACUACGUCCGCAGCCGGGAACACAAGCGGCGGUACACGUGCCGAGCCUGGUACGAAAUUCCGUGCGCUACCCGGCGCAUCUGCUUCGAAGGCAUCGCCAAAAUCGUUACCUGUUCCAUCGGCGUCGCGGGCGAGGUGGCGACGGCAUUCAAGCACGGUCACUUCACCGAGAUGGGCAACGCCCAGCACGUCUCCAUGUACCUCUUCUACCUGCUCAGCGGACUCGUGGACGUCAUGACAAACUGCGGCUUUCCAUUCCCGCCUCACACAGACUACGUCACGCUCCUGCUUGCCGUCACUGUAGAGGGCCUUCUGUUCCACUUCCACCUGCACGGUAGGCCCCACCUGGACGUACUUGUCCACACGCUUCUAGUCUACACCGUGGCGGCCGAGGCGGCCUGUAUCAUCGCCGAGAUGUGCAGACCGCGGAGUGUUUUCGCGUCCCUAGGUCGUGCUUACUUUUGCCUCUUGCAGGCGACGUGGUUCUGGCAGGUCGGUUUUAUCCUGUACAGCCCUCUCCCGGCACAUCCGGCCUGGGAUGUCCACAGCCACAUGGACAUGAUGCUCGCGGCCAGCGUGUUCACAUGGCACAUGAUGGCUUUGCUGUUGUACAUAGGUGCCCUGGGAUUCGUAGCCUGGGCUGCGUACCGGAUGUGUGGCCGAUGCAGCGAUGAUGCUUCAGCGGUGGCGCAGGAAGCAGGCGACUCGGGGUACAAGCUGGUGUCCGGAUCAGAGCUUAAACUGUCGGGCCAAGAGGCAUGCGCUGGAGACGGUGGGCUGCUCAUUCACUCGGCACUCAGUGACUAUAGUGACGACGAUGCAUUCUACUCGUGAGCUGUUGUGCACGGGCUGAUAGAAAGAACAAGGAUGGUGGGAGGAGUCUAGAAGAAUGAUGUGUCAUCGGAGUCAAAGGCAGCAUACUUCAGUACGAAAAUCUCACUUCAUGACAAUUUAACAACAGAGAUGUGAAGUGACACCUAAAGUGAUAAAACAAUUUGUGAUCCAGAGCUUUUUAGGACUUAAUUUGUUUCUUUCUGUUUGUGUGUGCGCUGCUGCAAGUUGUAGUGAACGUUGCUCUGUUGAGUAAAGUAUUCAUCCACGGAGGU